GGUCAUCCAAUUUCUGAUGGUGGCCUUUGCAGAGCAAGUAGCAGGACACAGAGAGAAGAAAGAGAAAGGAAGGAGCAACCGGAGAUGGGCGUCUCGGAGCUUGCUUGGUGGCUUGGCCUGCUGCUCGGCGCCAUCCCGUUACUGGUCCAGGCCAUCUGGUACUGGAACGACGUUCGCUUCCUAGCCUCCCUGAAACUGAGAUCAGCCUGCGGUAAUAAUGUCAAACAAGGUGGCGGAAAGCUUCCUCCAGGCCACAUGGGGCUGCCCUUCCUUGGAGAGACCCUCAGCUUCCUCUGGUACAACAAGAUCCUUCGCCGGCCCGAUGAUUUCAUCCAUUCCAAGCGAAACAGAUAUGGGGAAGGAGUGGGGAUGUAUAGGAGCUAUCUGUUUGGGUCUCCCACCAUCAUCACAUGCUCUCCAGCUAGCAACAAGUUUGUGCUGCAGUCGGCUGAGGAUUUUCGCAUCGGAUGGCCGGCACCGGAGCUUGCUGGCCGCGAUUCUAUCAUCAAUGUGGAGGGGAAGCAGCAUGCGAGGCUCAGGGGAUUUAUACUUGAUGCGAUCAACCAGCCCAACUCACUCCGGCGGAUUGCUAGAAUGGUGCAGCCACGGAUGGUCUCCGCGCUUCAGUGCUGGGCGGAGAAGGGCACCAUUAAUGCAUUAUUAGAAACCAACAAGGUGACAUUCGAGAACAUAUGUAGCAUGUUUAUUAGUAUGGAACCUGGACCACGCCUGGAUGAGAUCCACAAGUAUUUUGAAGGCCUAAUUGCAGGUUUCAGAGCAUAUCCAAUCAGUUUCCCUGGAACACCAUUUCACCAUGCUCUUCGGUGCCGGAAGAAGCUCGCUGCCAUGCUGAAGGUAGAAUUGGAGAAGAGGAAGCAAAGAAAGAGUGAAACUGAUGAAAACAAUGAUCUGAUGGAUAGCUUGAUGCGGGUUAAGGACGAGGAAGGAAAGCAACUUAGUGAUGAUGAGGUGGUGGAUAAUAUGAUCACCUUUGUCAUUGGUGGGUACAAAUCUACUGCCCUCGCCAUGAUGUGGGCUCUUUACCACAUCUCUAAAUCACCAGAGGUCCUUCAAAGGCUUCGGGAAGAGAACACAGUGAUAAGCAAGAGAAAGAAAGGGGACUUCAUUACCAUGGAAGAUGUUUCGCAAAUGAAAUAUACAGCAAAGGUGGUGGAAGAAACAAUAAGAUUAGCAAACCCUGCUUCCUCUAUUUUCCGUGUUGCCAACAGAGAUGUUGAUUACAAAGGCUUUGUAAUACCAAAAGGCUGGCAAGUUCUUGUUUGGAUCCGGUCCCUCCACAUAGAUGCGAAGAAUUUCGACAAUCCACUGAGCUUCAACCCUGAACGAUGGAAUGUAAGUUUGACGAUGGAAGAAUUAGAUGAGGGUAAUUGUUUACAAGGAAACAGAUUGUCCAUUUGCGACUCAUUGCAAAGUUGUGAGCUCUUGCAGAGACCACCAGAGCCUGGAACAUAUCAAGUAUUUGGAGGGGGACCGAGGAUCUGUGCUGGGAACAUGCUUGCUCGGUUACAGUUAACUAUCAUUCUUCACCAUCUUGCAUUGGGAUACAAGUGGGAGCUACUCAAUCCUAAGGCAAAGUUGACAUACACUCCUUAUCCAAAGCCAGUGGAUGGGGCUGCCAUGACAUUCCAUGCCCUCUGAGACCACAUAUCGACCAGCUCGUCCCAACGGAGCCUUAGCUCGAAAUCCUGAUAUGAAUACAAAUAAUAAUUGGUGGGUAUUCCUGAGGAGCCCAAUGGCACUUUUAAUGAAAUUCUAUGGUCAUGUCUUUAUCCUAGGGGCUAUAGAACUAUCUGUGGCGAGCAUUAAGCCGAACUAUCGACUUUAUAAGCUUCUACAUGCUAUAUUCUCUCCGUCUAAUGAAAUCCGACUACUGCUUUAAUAUGA